AUGCAGGCACUCUGUGUGAAGGUUUGCCACACACUUAUGGAUAACAUGGCUGUGCAGCCCGGAGCUGGGGCCGAGGGUCUGGCAACGAGGAGCGUUGCCAGCGUGCACGUCACGUUCCGCGCCCCGGAGCGGAUUCCUCCCCCUCCGCCCGGGGACCGGGGGGGCACCAGGGCUGGAAGGAGCGGGGAUCGAGGCCCCCCCGACGUCACCGCCGCCGGCCCGGCCCCGACGAUCGGGUGCUGCGGUUGCCGGGGAACCGCGGGCGCGGCCACAGCGGCUGUGACGGCGCCGCCGCCUCAGUUGCCGCAGAGCGCGCUCCGCGGUCCUCCGAAACAGAGCUCGCUUGGGGUUUCCCUGUCAGAGAUGGUAUUUCAGAACUUCGUCCCUCAUGAGGUCUCUGAAAUGGUGCUGUCUCUCAUUAAUAAGAACAAGUUUCCUCAGAUGGUGAAGGUCUCCAUGGAGAGCUCACCUUACUUCCAGCUCAUGUGCUCCAACGACGCGUACCGUGUGGUGCUGCCGGGCGCGUCUGUGCCUGUGCGCAUCCGCUUCACCCCCGACGAGGACAAGAAUUAUUCCCACAAGCUUGUCUGCAUCACUGCAAGGGAAAGGAUCGUUGUGCCAAUUCGGGCCAUUGGUGCCCCAGUUGUCCUGGACUUCCCUGCCCAGCUGGACUUCUCGGUGUGUCCAGUCAAGUACAGCACCCAGAAGACUCUUCUGGUCCACAACACUGGUAACCUGGAAGCUCAUUACCAGCUGAGCACCCAGAGUCCUUUCUCCGUGGUGCCGGCCACAGGAACUCUGGGCGCUGGUUGCACCAUGCAGGUGACAGUGGGAUUUCACCCGCUGACCAACGGUGACCAUUGCGGGUCCCUGUGCUGCAAAACAGCCAGUGAGCUGAGCAAAGACUCCCCUUUGCUUUGUUCCGGGGAAGAAAGUAUCCACACAAAGCUCCUUGGAGAAGCUGUAGAUGUCAACGUCAGGUUGAGCACAAGUUCCGUGGACGUUGACAAGACUUUCAUCACCAUGACAAGACACAAAACCGUUUUCAUUGAAAACAGGAGUAACAUCACAGUCCACUUCCAGUGGAAGGCUUUUCCUACAGAGGAAGAUGAGAAUGAAGAGAAGAAGAGGCAGCGUCGUUUGCUGCACCCACCGACUAAGGUGCGGCUGGAAAAAAUCAAGGAGGAGAAAAAAACAGAGAAGGAGAAGGGCUCUUUUGAAGAUCACAUUGCCCUCAUGAGAAGCAUGGUCCAGGAGAAAAUGGCAAAGGUGCAAGAAGACUCCAUGCUGUUCUCCAGUGACUUUUUUUUCAUUGAGCCAAUGAAGGGAGAAAUUGGGCCAAAUUGUUUGGCUGAAAUCAAGGUGACCUUCAAACCCUUAGAGGUACUAGGGUACCAAAGUAUGGCUUACUGCGACAUCUCAGGCCGUGAGAGCAGGCUGCCCUUGCGCCUCAGAGGGGAAGGCCAAGGACCCUUGGUUGAGCUCAGCUCUCAGACUCUGGACCUUGGGAACGUUUUUGUUGACACCUCCCACAUGCUUGAGGUGAAACUGAUUAACAAAGGAGCUCUUGAUGCUCCCUUCACCUGUAUCCCCUCAACCACAAACGUGGGCUCCUGCUUCAAGUUUCUACCCAAGGAGGGCAUCAUUGCACCAGGUGGGAUCCAGACUGUUCAGAUCCCCUUCAAGGCCACCGUGUUGGGGACCUUUGAGGAAGAAUUCCAGUUCAGUGUGACUGGAACUCCUAUGCCUGCAAUCCUGACCAUCAGGGGCAGCGUCUCUGGACCGAGUUUACAGUUCGAUGUCGAUGAGAUCAACUUCGGUGAGAUCUCCUUUGGCUUUCCCUACACCCAGUGCUGUCGCCUCACUAACAUCUCCUCAGUGCCGCUGACGUUCCAGCUCCGCAUGUCGGACGAUGGCACGCAGCCGGCUGUCGACAGCAUGGAUCAGAUCCGCAGGCACGGUGAUCCAUCCUGGAGGAAGGGAAUCCAAUUUUAUGUGGAGCCAAAGGAGUUCACAAUGAAUCCCAGCCGAAGGACCAUCCUUCCCCAGGGACACCAGGACAUCGAGGUGACCCUGUGUUCCAACACUGUGAUGGAUUUCCGCCGGAGGCUGCUGGUGGACCUGGAGGGCAUUGGCCAGGGAGUGGCAAAACUGUUCAUCACAGCCAGAUGUCUCGUUCCUGAGCUGCGAGUGUACCCUGAAAUCCUGCUCUACGAUGAGUGCCACCUGAAGGUGCCCUACGAGAGGAAGUUCCUCGUUGCAAAUAACACCGACCUUCCUGGCUGCUAUGGGCUUAUUCCCCAGAAACGCAAGGAGAACUCUCCUGUGCUCUACUCCAGCCCCAAGCCCUGUGGGAUAGUCCAGCCUCACAGCUUCGCAGAGAUCCCAGUUGUGAUCGAGGUGCAGACAUUAGGGGAGCAUCGCACCAAUGUUCUCAUUGGCGUGUUCGGGGAUGAGAGAAACCCACGGAGAGUAGAAUUACGGAGCUCUGGAAAGCUGGCAGAAAUCUACCCAAGCACAAGGCUGAUAGAGUUUGGCAAGAUCCCAGCACUACAGCCUACUUCACGCAGCUUUACCCUCUUCAACGAAGGUCUCGUCCCUGCAGACUUCAGGAUGGAGGUCGCUCGCAAACCCCACUGCUGUGCCAUUGAACCCAGAGAAGGAGUGAUCCCUGCUGGGGGUGAGGUGCCUGUGUCUGUCACAGUAACCCUGGAUGACACGGGGCCUUUUGCUGUCCCUGUCCAGCUGUUCAUUGGGAACAGCCUUUGGACCGCCUUCGGGCUGGUGGCUUUGGGCACUGGCACCACGGUUGUCAUAGACAAGCCAUUCGCCCCGGAGCUCAACCUGGGAUACCAAUUCAGGCCACCUGAGGAGGAGGGCCAGAGUGUCUCAGACCUCAGCAGCUCCCAGGAUGAUUCCCAGAGCCCCGAACGUGCCAGCCCCGUGUUUGGGCUGGAGCCAGUGUCGAUGGACCUGAAGCCAGGCCAGUCUGAGGACAUGGUGCUGCGAGGCUUCUCCCACAUCCCACAGUCUCAGAAGACAAUCACUGUUUCUCCUGUUGGCUGA